AAGCUCAAUCAGCGACACAGCAUUGCCGGGGGGUGGAUGGACAAGCUGGCUUGGCUCUCGGGCCGAUCUGUGCGGGAAUGGUCACUGACUGACCGAGCCUUGCCCAAAGCCAUACCAUCGACACGCCCGCUGUGCGAUUCUGAUCCAGCUCACCUCGUCUGACGAGCCGUCACGUCAACCCUGGUCAAAAUACUCUUACCUUGACUUGGGCUGCCCGCGCUUUCUUUUUCGCAUAAGUCUUGCGUAUCUGUCGGCAGGAGUCCUGCGUAGGAUUGCAAGUGAUUGAAUCUCGACCCUGCGUAGGGGUGUCGCGGGGUGAGGCGAACCCGUAGACUGGGAAGGAAUCGAGAGAUCUAGUGCAGGUAGUCGGAAACUCCUCCAGCUGCUUUGGAGAUCACGUGCACGUGGAUUGCGCGUGCUGGUGCUUGCGCUGUGCGCGGCCUGAAUUCGCCGUGUUCGUGCAAGCGUUGCAGAGUAACGGUAUGUCCGGCUGGCCCCGGGCCGUCCCCGUACGAGUCGCUUCCAUGGCGGAACGGCGAUUCUUGGAUCGACGACGUUCCCUCCAAGAAUCACCUGAGCGAUUCGUGGCGAGCCCCCGCGCGGCUCGUUCCUCUUUCUAUCCUCGACCACCUUUCCCGUGACGCGCUUCGCCCUCGGAAGUGCGCUCCUAUGACUCCUCUCGCCCAGAAGGGCGUACAGUAGUACAUAUCUACCGUACGGCAAGCAACAAACCUUCAGUGCUUUUUCAUUGUAAGUCAUUCCGAUUGAGUCAGAACCGGCUCGUUUGCUCCGCUUCUGAAAGCACGUCUGCUCGAAGCAGUCUUCUACUGGCUGUUGUAACUCUUCUUGAAUCGUCUCCCUGUCUUCCCCCUAUCAUGGCGCCACUCCGAGCAACGAUCUCCCGCCACUGCCACUGGCAGUGCGUGUUCAUUUGUGAGCAUCCGACCAUUGUUGACGCCCUUGCAUCCAGGCUCUACCGCCGGUCCAGAACAUCGGGUGCAAUCUAAUGCUCACGCGUGCUAACCGAUGCUCGCGGGUGCUAAUUACUGCCCUGCCAUGUGGUUCGGUGCUGCUGUGCCUUGUGCAGGUGUAGUGCUCCUCGCAGCAGCUGCAGCGUCAGCAGCAUCAUCGGAUCCAGCAGACCCCCCCUCGAAUCCCCCAGCGCCUGCCUCGACGUCCCCCCCGACUUCCCCCCCAACGAAUCCCCCAACGUUCCCCCCAACGUUCCCCCCGACGUUCCCCCCGACGUCCCCCGCAGCCUUCCCCCCGAAGUCCCUGUUCGCGUCCCUGUCAGCGGCCCUCCCUCGCAGCCUCUCUGGCAUCGCCUUCACUCAGGGCCGCCCCGUGGUGAAAGGCAAGGUUUUCUCGAGCUAUGUGGCAAAGUUGCGUCCCACCCGCAACAAUGGGAAACUGGUGGGCGACAAAGGGGCUACCGGGAAAGUUUGGCUGAAGGGAGUGAAGGCCUUUGCAGGUGGACACUACGUUGUGACGAAAUUGCGCCUCGACAACAUUCAGUCUGGAGGGACCCCGCCUCAAGUGCAGGGCGUGUAUUCCUGCAUGGACGGUUUAUACGAGGAGGGGGGCGAGAAUUUCCAGUGGCAGAGCAUCACAGGCAACCGGGGUCAGCUGGCCAAUCGCUACAGCUUCAUUGCCGCGACGAAGGCAGGCCCCAUGACAAAGGCCGAGGUUCUGGAAUAUAUCCAAUGGUUUGUUUCUAUGAUCGGCAACAGUCCUCUCGUUGCGUCACAUCCGUACAACAACUAUGCGCUCUGCGGAAAGCUGAGGAAGAAGCGCUGAAGUUUGAUUCCAGGGUUGGGAAAUUGGAGCAUUGGCACUCAACUUUGCCACCUCGAGAGAUUAUGCCUGAGAGGUGCCUAUGUCAAACAUGUGUAGUUAUCAUGUUUGUAUAGACUGUAUAGGGUCACCUUCUAGAGAGUACAACAUUUAGGUAUAUGUUUGUGUACUCUCUCUCUCACAUUAUG